UAGUUAUGCAAAAAUAGCUAUAAAAUAGAACUGUGAAAGAAAAUAAAUUAUUGUGUUCAUAUAAAUCUCCUGCUCUUUAAAUCAACUAAACCAAGAUGAAACUGGCGUGUGUUUUAAUUAUCGCUGGUCUUAUGGUCUGCUUAACAGAGGCUCAAAUUCGCUAUCCUGAAUACUAUAGAGUACAGGACGCCAUCGGAGAAUGCAAAAGGGAAUUAGGUUCAACAGUAGAUGAACUCACAAACGUUAAACUUGGGAUCAUAACCCCUGAUACUGGCAGGCAAGUUCUUUGUGUUCAUCGUAGAUUGGGAUAUAUGGAUCUGAAUGGAGACAUUCUUCCUGGUCCGUACGAGCUACACAUUGCAGGAGUUACUGAUGACAAGGGUCGUAAGGAAGAGUUUAGAAGAUGUGGCGCGUAUCAAGGUCUUCUACCUGCCGAAGUUAAAGCUAUUAAUUUUGAUAGAUGUUUCCAAGCCAUUUUACAAAUAAUGGGUCGUGAUGGUUGAUUUAUCUAAAAAAAAUAAUGUGUAAUAAAUACAUAUAUAUAUGUAUGUAUAUUCACAUGGUGUAAUAAAAUAUAUUCCUUUUGUUUAAA